AUGGGUCUCUUUGAUGAUCUUCCAGAUCCUGUUGCGGAAAUUAAACCUUUAAAAAGGCACAUCGACGACGAGGAUAAUAACGAAGAUUGUCUCGUUAGUAAAAGGCCAUUGAUCGAUCUCGUUGAGCUCCUUGUUGGUACGGCCGCACAGAAAGGUGAACGCGAUGAAAUGCAGGAUGAACAUCUAAGUAUUCCUGACUUUGGCGAUAAAGUAGCCGCUGGGGCCUAUUCAGGUGAAGCGCAAAGAAUCAGUCUUUUUGGCGUUUUCGAUGGUCACGGUGGUGCUCGUGCUGCUCAGUUUGCGAAGCAACGGAUUGUGGAGCAACUGAGCGCAAAAUUUCCGUCAGGCGGCCUAUCUCAAAUUGAAAAAGACAUGAAACGAAUUACUAUUGACAUUUAUAAGAAAAUCGAUGAGGAGUUUUUAAGAGAGGCUUCGCGACAAAGACCACACUGGAAAGACGGUUCCACGGCCACAACUGUUUUGUUGGUAAACAACACUCUCUACAUUGCAAACAUUGGCGACUCCGCUGCUGUAAUGGCACGCCGUCGGGAGGGAGGGGAUGGUGAUGAGGCGGCCAUGGAGUCACUGGUGGGUCUCCGACUCACUCGUGAUCACACGCCUCUUGAUCCGGGUGAAAGAGAGCGCCUCACUCGCGUCUCCAACAUUCGUAUCAUCGAUGGUCGUGUGAAUGGUCAGUUAGAGGUCAGUCGGUCUUUUGGUGACUACCAGUUUAAGCGACAUGGUGUCUCGUGCCUCCCCGAUGUGAAGAAAUAUGAACUAGUUCCAGGUCGUGACAGGUUUUUGUUGAUCGCAUGCGAUGGAUUGUGGAAGUGCUUCUCCUUCCAGGAGGCCAUCGAAAAAACAAAUCAAAGAAUAUCUGUGAACCCACUUCUAAAUAAGUUUGUUUCUGGAGAAGGUACCUUGACAGAACUCACUGACAUUCGGGCUGCUCAGAGGGCUCUGAACGCAAUCUGCCUGGAGCUUGUGCAGGAGGCAGUUCUUCAAAGGCUCUCGGGUGAUAAUGUAACCUGUAUUAUCUUGCUCUUUUCUCAGCGUUCGGCCUCAAAGGUGAUCUCCUCUAAGGAAUGCAAAAUGGAUGAUAAGUCCCCCAAAUCAAUGAAAUAA